AUGCGAUGCGAAACCGCUUUGCAUUUGGCUGCUCGCAAUCGUCAAGUGGAAGUCGCUCGCGCGCUCAUCCAUCACGGAGCCACUGUGGACGCGAAGGCGAAGGAUGACCAAACACCGCUGCAUAUGGCCGUCUUGACUGGUUACGUCGACAUGAUUGUGUUGUUGAUGUCCGCCGGAGCCAACCCGAACCUGACCGCUCGAGACGGUUACACAACCUUGCACAUUGCUGCCAAGGAGGGGCAUCACGAGCUGAUUCGCAUACUUUUGGAUGCCCGUGUCAAUCCAAGUGCUCGUACCAAGAAAGGAUUUACUCCGUUGCAUGUGGCCGCCAAACGAGGACGUCUCGUGGCUGCUCAGUUGCUCAUUCAACGUGAGCCGAAGGCGGUCCACGCAGUGGGUCAGAAUAAUCUCACUCCGCUCCACGUUGCGACGCAUUACAAUCACCUACGUGUUGUGGAACUGCUACUGGACAAUGACGCGGAGGCAAACUGUUUGGCCGGAAAUGGAUAUACGCCUUUACACAUCGCCGCCAAACAAAAUCAUCUGGACAUCGCUACCCUUUUGCUGGCUCAUGAAUCCGAUCCCACACAGAGCGUGAACGCGCCGUCUCGAAGUGGCUUUACCCCUCUCCAUCUGGCUUCCCAGGAGGGCCACACCGAUAUGGUGUCCUUACUGCUUCAACACUCUGGGGACCCGAACGUGCGGUCCAAGAACGGUCUUGCUCCUUUGCACUUGGCUGCACAAGAGAACCACGUCCCCGUGGCUCAGGUCUUGUUGUCGGCUGGUGCUGAAGUCUCCCCGCUCACUUUGGCCGGCUACAGCCCUCUGCACACCGCUUGUCACUUUGGCCAACUGGAAAUGGUCCGCUUUUUGUUAGAAGUCACUCGUGGCUCGGAUAUCAAUCACCCUACACAAAUGGGUUUCACUCCGCUGCAUUUAGCCACCCAACAAGGCCACUCGCAAGUGGUUCGCCUGCUGUUGGAAUCGGGCGCGGAUGGGAACCUACGAAAUCGGCAAGGACUCACACCUGCGCACAUUGCUCGCAGACAACAUUUCGUCACCAUUUUCGAUAUUUUGAAGACAGUUACCACGACAGUGGUGAGUUGGGAGGAGGAACGGGAGGAAUUGGACGAUACACUGGUUCUGGAACACCCGGACUAUAUGAAAGAAAAACUAUUAUCUGAUUCCGAUGACGAAGCAGGCCCAUCUCCGCCAACUCCACGCCGACUGCCUCGUGGAAAAACGCGACCAGAUGAAAGUGUGGCUUCUGGUGGCUCGUUCGGUGAUCAGCGGAGUCGUACCGGCACUUUCAGCAUGGGUUUCGAUACCGCGCUAUCUGUGGGCGAAAAUGAUGAUAUUUGGGGACAACUGGAAUACAUGCGGUCCACAUUGACUGAUGAAAACGCCAGCGAAAUUGUGUCUCCGCACUCGACUACGGUUGUGGAUUCCGCAUCUCCUGUUAUUCAGAGGGAGGAGACCCGUAUGUACGGUGAAUCUGCUCCGUCCACUGGAGACUGGGACCUCGAAACGGAGAAUGUAAAUAUUCUACGUAAGCCGGUUACCACCGGGUUCCUGGUCUCCUUCGUUGUGGACGCCCGCGGUGGGAUGCUUCAGGCUCAGCGUUGCCCCGAUCUCCGCUUCUUCAUCCCACCGAAUGCUAUCAACGGCCCCACACGCAUUGUAUGUCGCCUAAUGCAUCCACAGCGUGUGCCCUCACGUCCACCUCUGAACGAUGGCGACGGUUUCGCUUGUCGUCUACUGGAACUCAAUCCCGUGGGCACUCGAUUCUCCGCGCCAAUUGUGAUGGAAAUUCCACAUUACGCAUUUUUGACUGCAAAGAAUCGAGAAGUAAUCAUUCUCCGUUCUGACAACGGGGAGGUCUGGAAAGAGCAUCCUCUGGAAGCCACGGAUCAGGCUGUGCGCGACACAUUGGAUGGUCACUUCGAAAAACUUAGCUCCAACGAUGAGCUGAAGAAGCGAUCUGUCCAUCGCAUAUUGACCUAUGAUUUGCCCCAAUACUUCGCGAUCAUCACUCGUAUACGACAGGAAAUUAUUCUAAUUGGUCCCGAGGGUGGCACCUUGACUUCAAACGUGGAUCGCGGUGUCCGGGUGGAGUUCCCUAGUGGCGCCCUUCAGAAAAAGAUCCGUGUCGGGUUGCAGGUUCACUCAGUGGAGCAGGAUCUGGUAGCUCGUCUUCUCGGAGCACGUGUUUCGGUUUCUCCCAUCGUCACUAUCGAACCGCGUCGACGCAAAUUCCACAAGCCAAUCACCUUGCGUAUCCCUCUACCUGGGACAACAAGCAGUGGUGGCGGAACUCAGCCUGGACAUUCGGCAGUGAACUCCUCCAGUCUACGCCUUUUAUGCUCUAUCAGUGGAGGCACCACCCCCACAUUGUGGGAGGAUAUCACCGGCAGUUCACCUUUGACAGCGGACCAGAAUAUGGUCUCCUUCACCACCACAGUAUCUGCUCGUCUGUGGCUCGUGGACUGUCCAAACACCACGGAAGUCGUCGAGCUGGCCAGCCGGGUCUAUCACGAAUCCAUGUCUGUACCAUAUACCGGUCGUUUCAUCGUCUAUGGUCGCCGGCAUCACUCCGAAGAAGCCCAACUGCGAUGCUUGUGUCUGACCGACGAUCCUGUGAAUAAAACUUUAGAACAUCAAGAGGGCUUUGAGCUUAUCGCUGUUGGACCUCAGGUGGAA